CUUAGCGUCGCCCUCGGUCAUAUCGUCAUGACCGAGCAUUCGAAGGCUCGCGGCUGUCCCAUGGUCAAAUCUCUCGCAGGGUUGUGUUACGGCUCCACCGAGCAUUGAAAAGGAGGCCUCGUCAGCUUUAGAUGUGAGUGACUAUCUGCUAUCUACGGAGUUGAUCUAAAUCUUUGACUUACGUGCCGUUGUCAUAUUGCGGUGAAUUCACACCUACCCUAACGUACUUCGUGACUUUACUUGAAAAAAAUAUCUCCACCAGGAAGCAUGCAUCUGCCUCAAGCCGUCCAGACCUCCCUCAACUAUUGGCCUGCGGAUGGCCCUGCGAAAAGGGAGCUUGUACUGGGCACGGUUGGGGCGUAUCGGCGACCCAUUGAUAGACGAUCUGUCUCAAUCCAGGAUGUACGGGGCCGAGAGGGAACAUAUACCCUGAAUAUUCAUGGCUUCCAAUUCAUUAAUCAUGUCAGCCCGCACGUGGCAUCUUUUAAUGAGGCCGCGGUCAAGACGUACAUGUAUCCAGAGGCGGAAGAGAUCCUCAAGAGCGCGACGGGCGCCACUCGCGUGCAUGUCUUUUCCCAUAUUACUCGUACCGCCCCCUACGAAAAGGUCGAAGCGAUGGUUCAUUCCGCCGAAGCGGAUACCAAAGCAACCAGUCUGAUGGUGCCUGCGCGGCAUGUCCAUGUAGACCAGUCCGAAGCUGGGGCCUUUGAGGUGCUGAAGGACAACAUGACUCCAGAGGAAGCCGAGCGACUGGGGAAGACUCGGUGGGCGAUCAUCAACAUCUGGCGCCCGCUGAAGCCUGUUCCCCGCGACCCACUGGCCGUAUCAGAUGCCCGAUCCUUCAGUGAUGAUGAUCUCCUGGAGAUCUACGGACGGGUCCCUGGGAAGGAGCAGGAAAAGGACUAUGAUGCAGCAACCAAGGGGAGUGGCUUUGGGAUGCUUUAUGGUAAGUAUGCGCCUGACCAGAAAUGGUAUUAUAUGUCCAAUAUGAAGCCGGACCAGGUGGUAUUGAUCAAAUGUUACGAUUCGAAGAAGGAUGGUAAAACAUCCAGACGGACGCCUCAUACAGCGUUUGUAGAUCCAAGAACCCAGAAUGUGGAGGAAGCACGACAGAGCUUGGAACUGAGAUGCUUGGUAUUCUUUGAAGAUGAGCCCAUAGCCUAA